AUGAGAAUCAAAUGCAAAUUUUCAACUCAACUUAGCAGCAGUGUGCGCUUGUUAGUCGUAAAUCAAAAUGCAUUGCUCACUUGUCGACUGCAGUCAGUGGCGGUUAAAGGGGCUUUGGAGUGUAAUGGAGUGCCAGCGAAAGACGUGAAGGUUAGGCUUUACGAGAAGGAGAUAUUUUUUGACACGAGAUUGGAUGAAGAUAGGACCAAUACGACCGGUAGCUUCUACCUUUCUGGAAGCAAAAGAGAAAUCACCAACAUUGAUCCCAGGCUUUAUAUCUACCACACAUGCAACCACCACGGACCCUGCUCAAAGAAGGUUGUAAUGACCAUUCCUGAUAGCUUCAUCACUCGCGGUCGUAAGCCGCAAAAGGUGUUCAACAUUGGAAGAGUCAACCUUGCCGCUCAGACCAGGGGAGAAUCUAUCACGUGCCUACAUUAGAAACAAUAUGAUCGAUUAUCUCCUUCACGAAAAUCUUCGAUUGUUUGCAAAACAUUACCGUUUCGUUGUUGUAUAAACUUCGCAAAAGGAUUAUUAUACAUCAAUCGUCCACAUGUAGAUGAAUAAUUUUCAGAGUAAAA